AUUCAUUUUAGUGUAUCAUAAUUUCAUAAUGCAAAACAAUUAAAUUCUAGUCUUGAAGAAAUAUUUCUAAACAUUCUGCAAGAGAAGAGAACCUUUCUGGGAGGUGACACCAGAAAAAAAAAUUCAUUUUACUUUUAGUUUUUGUCUUUCUUCUUACGGACGAGAAAGAAAAAAAAAGAAUAAUAAUAAUAAAGAGAACAGUUAUCUAUUAAUGCUGAGAAUCGUAUAAAUUUAUAUUGCAUAUUGGAAUUUCCGAAUUCGAUACGAUAGAAUUAAAUCAAGUGUUAAAAGUAAAAGUGAAGACAAAAUUAAUAUCUUUUUGGAGACAAUCAGCCAUUUGGCUGGGUGUGUGACUAGUAACGUCAACAUGCAAGUCUUACUUUCUACCAUAUGUUUAAUGCUGACCAGUGCGGUCAUUGGAAAUGCUUGGUAUCAAAAAAAACAAUUCUAUCCGGCCGUUGUGUACAUUACAAAAUCGAAUGCAUCCAUGGCCGUAAUAUAUAUACAAUUUUUUGCAAUUGUUUUCAUGUUUGGAAAGUUAUUGCGCAAGAUAUUUUUGGGAACAUUACGUGCCGCCGAAUUUGAGCACUUAUUAGAACGCUUUUGGUAUGCACUGACCGAAACUUGUUUGGCAUUCACCGUAUUUCGCGAUGAUUUCAAUCCUCGUUUUGUUGCCUUGUUCACAGUUCUAUUAUUUCUCAAAUCAUUCCAUUGGUUAGCCGAAGAGCGAGUGGAUUACAUGGAACGUUCUCCUGUCUUGGGUUGGCUUUUCCAUAUACGUGUUGCCAGUUUACUAAUGAUCUUAGGAUCAGUGGACUAUUUGCUUUUAAUGCAUGCAUAUAAUUCAACUUUAGUGCGUGGUCCAACCGUGCAAUUAGUCUUUGGUUUUGAAUAUGCAAUACUAUUGACAGUGGUAGCGAGUACGGCCAUAAAAUAUGUUUUGCAUGCAACCGAAAUGCGUACCGAUACACCAUGGGAAAAUAAAGCUGUAUUCCUUUUGUAUACCGAAUUGUUUAUUGGUUUUAUAAAAGUAAUUCUUUAUGUGUUCUUUGUCGUCAUUAUGGCGAAAUUCUACGCUUUGCCGAUGUUUGUUUUCCGGCCUAUGUUCUUUACAAUACGCAAUUUCAAGAAAGCUUUAAGCGAUGUGGUCAUGUCAAGAAGAGCAAUAAGAAAUAUGAAUACAUUAUAUCCGGACGCGACACCCGAGGAAUUACGCUUAUCGGAUAAUAUUUGCAUUAUAUGCAGAGAGGAUAUGAUUAAUCAUUCCAAGAAAUUACCGUGCGGCCAUAUAUUUCAUACGACAUGCUUGCGUUCAUGGUUUCAGCGACAGCAAACGUGCCCCACUUGUCGUUUAAAUAUAUUGCGUGCUCCUGCAACAAAUUCUACAGCUUUGCCAAGACAAGAUGAUAACAACGCAGCUAAUAAUGUUGGAGCUGCAGCUGCUGCUAGUCCGGCUAAUCAGACAAUAAACAACGCAACAAAUGUGCAAAUGGCUAAUAACAAUUUUUCAACAGCUACAACUGCAGAUAAUGCUAAUAAUACUACUUCGAAUCCCUUUGAACAAUUGAUUACAAACGCUUCAAUGUUGCCGCCGCCACCCUUUAUGAUGCCACCACCAUUUCCCUUUGUUGCGCCAUAUGCGGUGCCGCCACCGCCAAUGCCACCCGACUUAACACAAUUUACCGAUGAGGAGCUGAAAGCUUUAGAAGGCAAUGAACGAAAACAUAUUGAGGAGCGUAUUAAGCUUUUACGCAACAUACAGUUAAUGCUUGAUGCAGCUGGCAUUUUAAUGAAUAAUUAUCAAAUAGUAGCCUCGCGGGCGCAAAUUUCCGAUGCAAAUAAAACUAAAAGCAAUACUGAAGCCAAUACUAGUACCGCGAAUAGCAAUGAGAAGCCGAGCACUUCAUCAACAGCAACGAGGGAGACGGACGCAACUGCUAAGACGACUAAGACGCCUGCAAAUGUGUCGCAAAACUCUGAAGACUUGCACUUAAAGACUGCUUCUGUGGGAACCAUAGUGGAAGAGUUACAAACUCAUCCGAGCAGUUCAAAUUUAUCAACAAUUGAUACGAAUAGUGAGACCAAGCAUAACCAAGUUACCAUAGAAGAUUUGGGCGGAGAGGAGCAAUUGGAUUAUGCCGCCACGUCAGCAUCGUCGGCAUUGUCGUCGGGGACAACGGCAGAUAGCGGUACGGCGGAGCACAUAAAUGAGUUGCGUAAAAGACGUUUAAAAUUCUUGGAAGAACGUAAUAAAACUGCGUCUACGGAAUAAGAUGUUAAAUUCUGAUUUUACUUUUACUCUCUAUCACGGGGUGGACUGAGUGUGAUUAUUAACUUUUUACAUACAAGUUUCUUGUUAAUUUUUUAAUGCAGUUACGUUUUAUAUUCUCCUCUAAAUUAAGUUUCUCCCUCUCUCUCGCUUCAUUCUUCUCGUAUAAAUCUUUUUUGUGAAAUUUUGUGCUUCUUCCGCUUUCAUUAGUUUCUAAUACAUGUUAUCAUGUACUAUUAUUAUUAUUAUUUCUUUUUUUUACGUAUAUCUUAAUCAAUAAAAUAUGUAUUUAUAUGUUUUCAAAGC